GUGGUGCACAAGAAGGUACUGGACAAGACUGAAGCCGCAAUGCGGGCACACCGUGACAACCCCCGGGUCAACCGUUUGCUGCACUCUGUAGAGCUGUUUGACGACCCCAGGAUGACCUUCACGGACCCCCUCCACAUCGUCUUAUGUCUGAACAACGGACCCAUGUGCUGCCAAAAGUGGAGCGAUGCGUUGACCGCGUACAGCGAGCUGCCACAGCGGCGGCGGGAGCACCUGGUCACUGUUAUCACCUUCAGCUCUGACACACAAAUGCAGAUCUGCCUGACGCCGAUCAGUAAAGAGUGCCAACCCAUUUUCCGUACCGCGGCACCGGCACUAACUUUCCUCCAGACCUGGCUCAAGCACACGCAGCCUUGA